AUGGGAUGUCUGCUGUCGGUUUUGAUAAUAUUUGUGUGGCUGGGUGUAAACCAGGUCUCGCCCCUCCGACCCAUCUGCGACCUGAGGGUUCUGGAUCAUUUUGUUCGAGAAGCUCGAGAUUCUGAAGUCAUCAUUCGAGGUUACAGAGGUGGCUGUGGAGUGAUGAAAUCCUACUUUGUUCCUCAGUCAAAACAGAUAGUCUUUCUCAAAUCGUUCAAUACUGUUCAGGGGCAGGUCAUGGAGGUCCAGACUGGAAUGUGUACAGCGAAGAAAACAGUGAGCAACUCUUCUCUGGAUAACAACAUCAGUAACAUCCACAGCCUCGGCCAGAUCCUGUCUUGAUUUACAGGUAUAUCGGUUCUGUUUCCGCAGCAGGCCAGGUCCACAGUUCUUCCAGAUGAUUCAGCUCCUGCCAGCUCACAGAUGCAGGAGGUCUCCUCUCUCCCAGAACUUCUGCAGGUGCAGAGCAGUUUCCUGCGAGGCAAAGUCAGACUCCUGCUUUCAGCUGCACCAGCCUGCCAGCGGCAAAACAGCUGAUUCGACGAACUGUUUACAACAGUCACGCGUACAAACAAACCCGGACAAAAACGCUUGAUUGUGACUCCUUCCUCAAUCUUAAAGAGCUUAUACUUUCCGGGUGUCGCUCUUCAAAUGCUCUAUUGCAUUUAAAAGCCUGCAGUCAUCUAAAGUAUGCAUCACGUGCAGAGUGAAGCAAAACAGUAGAGACACCUUGACGUAUUCAACAAGGCGAUCUUGGCAGAGGAAC